UGAAAAACCCGCAUAUAAAGUAACUACAGCUCUUGUUUGAAARUGAGGUACCUAGCCUACCCAGUGUUGGUUUAUUAAUUAAAAAAACGUUUAAAGAUAUGAAAAUAAUUUUUAAAAAGCAGUGAGUACUCUGUCUACUAAGUGGAAAUGAAAUAACAUUUUUAAAGGGUUCAAAUAAAAGUAUAUGUGUGUAGUAUUGCUAAAUUAAAGUUAAAAUUAUAUUCACAUGUCUGCUGUUAAAGACAACAAAUAAACUAAAUAUCACUAACGACCAAAUUAAUAUCACCUAGUUUCAAAACAAAUGUCCAACUUACUAAUGUUACUUUGGUCGGAUAUUAAUUGAAUACAUAAGCUUAAUGUCUUCGAUUAGAAAACAUUAAUUAUGUAGCCGGGCGUCUGUCAGACCGGAACCUUUGUGCUUCGGUGGCAGUUUCACAUCGCACAAAUAAAUACGUACUUACUUCCGGCGCUUGUUCUAGUUGCGCAGCAUAAACCUUCCGCCGUGUGUGAAAGGCACGAUUUAAGGCGCCUUCAUGGCAUUAGAGAUGAAAACACGGUGGAUCAAGUAGACUCAAAUGCAUAGCGCUUAAGAUUUUAAAAUAAGAUCGUGUUUGUGGCGUAAUAUGUUCAAAAAGAUGACUGAAUUUGGUCCAGAUUCCGGGGGGCGCGUUAAGGGAGUGACUAUAGUGAAGCCUAUUGUGUUUGGGAAUGUUGCCCGUUACUUUGGGAAAAAGCGAGAGGAAGACGGUCACACACAUCAGUGGUCUGUUUAUGUGAAACCUUACAGAAAUGAGGACAUGUCUGCCUAUGUGAAGAAGAUCCAGUUCAAGCUGCAUGAAAGCUAUGUUAAUCCCCUGAGAGUGGUAACAAAACCUCCGUAUGAGAUUACAGAGACGGGCUGGGGAGAGUUUGAGAUCAUUGUGAAAAUCUUUUUCAUUGAUCCAAAUGAGAGACCGGUGACUCUGUACCAUCUCUUGAAGCUUUUCCAGUCUGAUUCCAGCGCCAUGCCGAAGAAAACGGUCGUCUCUGAGUUUUAUGACGAAAUGAUAUUUCAGGAUCCCACAGCUAUGAUGCAGCAGCUACUAACCACAUCAAGACAACUCACUCUUGGCGCGUACAAGCAUGAGACAGAGUUCAGUGAGCUGGAGCAGAGGACAAAGGAGAAACUGGAAGCAGCGAAGAAGAGAACAAGCCAGGAGAUUACAGAGCUGAAAGACAAACUUAAAGCCAGCAGGGARAAUAUCAACCAUUUGAAGGCAGAAAUCAGGAAGCUGGAGGAGGAUGGAGACCACAAAGAGCACUGAAAUAGGCACACAUAUAUUUAAGUGCCUCAGUCCUCAUCUCUGAGUCAGAAAUAGUGUUUUCAUUCGACUUGUUUUAUGUUUAAUUAUCUUUGCCUCAUCACAGGGUGAGCUUAUCUUUGUUAGGCAAAGUAAUUUUUAUACUGUCAGUCAACUGCAACAACAAGGACUCCCAAAAAUCCUAAUGGAUUUUGUUUGCAGCCCUGUCAAAGUGAAAAUGUAGAUUUGCUUGUUUGAUUUUUGUAUUGUUUUAAUAUUGGUGUGUUGUAAGGCAGAAUGACUUGAACUCAAGCAAAUAUAAGUUAAUGUAAACAAUUUUUGUUUAUUGGAAAUGGUCAAUGAAAACAUGGUACAUCUUUAAAAUACUUAUUUUUUACUGUUAA